UCUCAAUUCGCCAUCCAUCGAGACACAACGUUUUUUCCAGCAAGUUCAAGCCGGGUUCAACAGGUGCUGCCGCUCGCUCGUUUAUAGUGCGUACUCGAAAAGAGAAGCAGUACAGAACUAGAAUCCGCGAAAUCGAAAUAAGAACGCGACUUGGUGGUGAUCUACACUACUUUAGGGUAAAACGUUUUCGGACUUCGAUAGCUACUCUAAUCGCGAGAAUAGAACGUUCAUAACGGAAGUGAAACGUGUACCCAACUAUUUCAUUCAAACCUGUGCAAAACAUUGAAUCACCGGUAAAAUCUCGAAUGUAUAGUGAAUGGAAAAUCUGAAUGUAAAUUGUGAUAUGAUUUGAAUUGGUAGCUAAAUUCAGCAAAAGCUACUGAAAUAUUGUAGAAUCUUGCUGAAGCAGUACAGUUAAGUUACAACAAACUAAUGAAGAAUUGUGAAUCCCAACCAAACCGGAUUGGAAAGUUUAGUGUCUGAGUGAAUUCGGGAGCCGACGCAAAACCACGUAAAAUGUGCCAUACAAUUGAAGUUUGAAGCCAAAGUGAAGUGGCUCAUAAAACCGAACAGUGCAAAACGAAAGUUAUAGCUAAAACGUGAUUUAUCAUAGACCCGUGCAUUGAUUGCAUCAUGGAUACCGCGGAAUCGGAAUGGCGAAUAACGAUGGCUGCAUUGAAACAGACAUUGCUCUCACUGUCCGUGUCGCUAUCGUACUUCUGCAUCGGCCUUGUCCGAGGCUACUCUGCCCCGGCCGUACCGUCAAUGCACGAUAUCAACCCUGGACUGCUACCGAGCAAAAACAUUGCCUCCUGGGUCAGUUCCAUUCCACCAUUCGGAGCACUGUUCGGAAGUUUGGUGGCCUUUCCGUUGAUGCAUAAAAUUGGCCGCAAGUACACCGUUAUGUUGACCUCUCCGAUAUGGGCCGCAGCGUGGGUGCUGAUAGCGACGGCCGAAGACUGGAAGGUCCUGCUGAUUGCCCGGAUGUUGUCCGGGUUCGGUGCUGGAUUGACGCUUCCCUCGGCCCAGAUCUAUGUGAGUGAAUGUAGCGAUCCUAAAAUACGGGGAGUUAUUGGAUCUCUGCCGUCGCUGUCGAUGUCCGCUGGAAUAUUGGUGAUUUACGUCCUGGGGAAGUACGUCGAGUGGCGAACGUUGGCGUGGAUCUGCUGCUCUGUGGCCGUAUUCCUUUUCAUUGCUGUGAUAAACUUUCCACAGUCCCCGGUAUGGUUAAAAACCAAGAAACGGUACGAGAAAGCGCACAACUCUGCCAAAUGGCUACAUCUGCAAGGGUUCACCUUCGACCCGAGAGCUCAGGAGAUUCAGAAAGCAGUCAACAACGGCGCUACGUUGGAGAAAAAAGAGAAACCAUUCUCCAAGGAGGCCCUCUGUCGAAGGGAAGUCCUACUACCACUUGCAAUCGGGUUGGCAUUACUUUCGAUUCAACAGUUGAGCGGAAUCGAUGCGGUAAUCUUCUUCACGGUGGAGAUAUUCCGCUCGGCAGGAAGCUCUCUGGAUGGCCAUUUGGCCACUAUCAUAGUCGGAGCAGUGCAGGUUCUGAGUAACUUCUCGGCGCUUUUCGUGGUGGACCGAGCAGGACGAAAGCCACUGUUGAUCACAUCCGGUAUAAUCAUGGCGAUUGCCAUGGCUUCGAUGGGAGCGGCCUUCCACCUAAAUUCGAUAGGCAAUACUAAUUUUGGAUAUCUCCCAGUAAUAAGUCUCAUAGUCUUCAUGAUCGGAUUCUCCGUCGGAUUCGGCUGUAUUCCAUUCCUCCUGAUGGGUGAAUUAUUCCCUACAGCACAACGGAGUUUGUUGAGCUCUCUGGCAGGAUCAUUCAACCUGGCAGUGAUGUUCGUCGUCAUCAAAACCUAUCAUCCUUUGGAAGAUGCCAUAUCAACAGCCGGCACGUUCUGGAUGUACAGCAUUCUGUGUGCCGUCGGAGUGGCAU